ACGCGAAAGGCGGGUGGAGCACGGGGCGAGGAAGGAGGGGCCAGUCCGAUCACAGCGGCCCCGCCCGCAGCGUCAAGUAUAAAGUUGGGCGCCCACAAGCCUUCGCAAAUCCUCGCAGGGGCUCAGAUCUUUCAACAUGUCGACUAAAUCGUCUAUGGUUCUGGGUUACUGGGAUAUCCGCGGGCUGGCUCAUGCCAUCCGCAUGCUCCUGGAGUAUACUGAUACCAGCUAUGAGGAGAAACGGUACACGUGUGGUGAAGCUCCCGACUAUGAUAGGAGCCAAUGGCUGGACGUGAAAUUCAAGCUAGAUCUGGAUUUUCCUAACCUGCCCUACCUUAUGGACGGGAAGAACAAGAUCACCCAGAGUAACGCCAUCUUGCGGUACAUCGCGCGCAAGCACAACAUGUGUGGGGAGACUGAAGAAGAGAAGAUAAGAGUGGACAUCAUGGAGAACCAGAUAAUGGACUUCCGCAUGCAGCUGGUUCGGCUCUGCUACAAUUCUGACCACGAGAGCCUGAAGCCUCAGUACUUGGAGCAGCUCCCUGCACAGCUGAAGCAAUUCUCCUUGUUCCUGGGGAAGUUCUCAUGGUUUGCAGGGGAAAAGCUUACCUUUGUGGACUUCCUCACCUAUGAUGUCCUGGACCAGAACCGGAUGUUUGAGCCCAAGUGCCUGGAUGAGUUCCCAAAUCUGAAGGCUUUCAUGUGCCGUUUUGAGGCUUUGGAGAAAAUUGCUGCGUUCCUGCAGUGUGACCGCUUCUUCAAGAUUCCAAUCAACAACAAAAUGGCCAAGUGGGGCAACAAGUGCUUAUGCUGAGCCAGGGACGCUGCUGCUGCUGCUGCUGGCUUGGCCGUUCCAUCCCGAGGGCCUGCGUUCUGUCUCUCCUGCUCUUUCUAAUAAACAGCAGUUACAUUAGCUGA